CCUUCCUGUGACAGGUAUCCUCCCGCCACACUCCUCUCACACAAACCAAUCCCCUUUUUCUCUCUCUUCUGCCCUAAUUUUUCAUUUCCUCACAAUUUUAAAUCUCUUUCAUUUCUCAAUUCCAAAUCAACUUCAUCCUUCUAAUUUCACACUUCAAUAUAUAUUCUAAUUCCAUUCCUUCAGAUUCAUCUUCCACGAACAAGGAAAAUUGUUUCUGCAAGAAUUGUAGAAAGGGAUAGCUGGUUUUGUUGAUAUGGGGUCAGAGAGUAUUGCUCCAAUGGUUGAGACAUCAAAAAACAGGUCUUCUCCUGGUACAGUAAACCAAGGGAAAGUCCCUAAGAGAAUUCACAAGGCUGAAAGGGAGAAAAUGAAGCGUGAACACUUAAACGAACUCUUUCUUGAUCUUGCCAAUGUUCUUGAUCUCAAUGAGCCGAACAAUGGAAAGGCUUCUAUAUUGUGUGAAGCUUCUAGGCUGCUAAAGGACUUGCUCUGUCAGAUUCAGUCCCUCAAGAAGGAGAACGUCUCUUUGUUGUCUGAAUCUCAUUAUGUAACCAUGGAGAAAAAUGAACUGAAGGAGGAAAAUGGUAGUUUAGAAACUCAAAUUGAGAAGCUUCAAGGAGAGAUACAGGCAAAAAUGGCUCAAUCCAAACCUGACCUGAAUGUACCUCCUCAUUUGGAGCUUGAGCUGCCAGAACUGACAAAAUUUCCAGGACAUGCUUUCCAAAUGCCUACCAUAGAACCUACAUUGCAGCAAGGACCUGCUGUUUUGGUUGUCCCUUUUCGUCCUGAUCUUCAAGCUGCUUUUCCAGCUCCUAAUGUUACUGAGCUCACGCCAAAACCUGCACCUGGUAUCAGUAAACCACAUGCCAGGUAUCCCACGCCAGCUGAUUCGUGGCCAUCUCAACUGCUUGGAGAGCAACCAACUUCUAAUCUGUAGAGUUUUAGUUUCUGUAUUGGUAUUAGUAUAGCCAUCCAACUACCUUUCCUAAUUGCAAUGCUGCUUUGGAGCUGUGUAUAAAUUAUAUAUAUUCAAUGAUCUUAGAAAAUUUUACUCAA